AAACUGUUGUGACUUUAAGGUUAUGUUUUCGUAUUCGCGAGAAACGAGGCUCUCACGUGGAAGUGCAACUAAAAUAGAGGAAAGACCACUGCAUUUGUGUUCAACAAGUUGAAGAGUACGGACGUUUGCGCCGAACGAUAGUGAAACGGUUUUUUUUUAUUAUAGUUUGAACAAAAUUUCGGAGUAACAGCCGGCUCGAUUCAAAAUGCUGAAAUUGAUAUACCUGACCGUUCUAUUCCUUUAUGGCGUCAUAGCGCAAAAUUGUGAGGACGACAGCCAAGGACAAUGUUCUGCUACAACUUCUGCUCCUUUUGAUCAAACCAAGAAUUGGAAUUCAGCUAGUAGCAUUUAUGACUUUCAUGCUACAGACAUCUAUGGAAAGGAUGUAGGACUGGAUAAAUAUCGGGAUCAUGUUUGUAUAAUUGUUAACGUUGCCAGCAAUUGUGGAUUUACAGAUGUAAAUUAUAGAGAAUUGGUGCAACUGUAUGAAAAGUACAGCGAGAAAGAAGGCUUGAGGAUUUUGGCGUUCCCAUCGAAUCAGUUUGGUGGUCAAGAACCAGGCACCUCGGAGGAAAUCUUGAAUUUUGUCAAGAAAUACAAUGUCACUUUUGAUCUGUUUGAAAAGAUCGAUGUUAACGGAGAUAAUGCUCACCCAUUAUGGAAAUGGUUGAAGACGCAGGCAGGUGGAUUCAUAACUGACGACAUCAAAUGGAAUUUCACCAAAUUCAUCAUUAACAAAGAAGGAAAAGUUGUUUCCAGACAUUCACCGAGCACGGAUCCCCUUCAAAUGGAGUCAGAAUUGAAGAAGUAUUUUUAAGUUUCCUCAUACUCUUGCUUGCUUAUUUCCCUUUCUUUUAUUGUAUACAUAUAUAUGCUUCUGUCUUAUCGACAGAGCUGAAAGUUGCUCUCGCAACAACGAGAUUAAAGCUCUUACUAAAAUUUAGAACGUAUACGUGAAGUGAUAUGCAAAUAAAUAGUUCUCAUAAUUUA